UUCAGCCUGUUCUACCUGUGAGUCUUGGAGUGAUUUCUCCUGCCCUUUUGGAUUUGUUUGCACCGCUUCUUGCCUACCUGUGUACCGACCUGGACUGUUUUAAUGAAAACUCUGCUUUUUACUGAACUCAUCUCUUUGAUUACCUCCUCUGACCUGCACCAGUACUGCACUCUACAGCUCAGCCCCACCAGCGCCCCAGCAUCCACAUGAAGACUCCAACUGAAGCUUUAAGAUGUUGUCCCAUCUCUAGUCACAUCAAACGCAAAUGGCACUGCUGAUGUUUAAAAGACACUCCUAAUUAGAUCCAAUGUCACACACACACACACACACACACACACACACACACACGCAGUGGGCGGAGCAUCCUCUCCCUAAGAUCAUGGCUGUGAUUAUUUUAGAACUCACUUUUGGUUUUGAGGGACAGACAUGUGUUUUAUUUUCUAAUGUGAACCUGAACCAGAUAUUAUGUUUUCAAAACUCUUUGUUUUAACAUUCAUAACUACAAUAACAUAAUAAGAAAAACAGACCUCAAACAUUUAAUUUAUUUAUUUUGUGAUGUCUAAAAUAGUAUCAGCGCAUUGAAAAAAAAUCCUUCUAGUGAAGAGACAUCACAUCUCAGAUAGCGUAGAGACACAUUAGGAUGCAGCGCAGGCUCUCAGAGUUUCAUCCAGUCCCAGAGACAACAGAGGAGGGGGAAGGAGAGGUAGUGUGUGUGUGUGUGUGUGUGUGUGUGUGUGUGUGUGUGUGUGUGUGUGUGUGUGAGGCAGAAAAAGGAGCGAUGAGGAGCAGGAGCUCUGGAGAGGCAGAGCAGGAGGAGGACUAGGAGGAGCGGGAGGAGGAGGAGGUCCAACAUCAGGCUCCUGACGGUGUAUGGGUCGACCCGCGGGCCGCUCCGUGGGGACCAGCAGCGGAGCGGAGCAGAGCGGCUCCGGACUCAGGACACAAGAGAGCAGAGGAGGCUGAACCACAUAGAGAUCCGUGACAGGGCCGUGACAGCAUGCGGGGAAGCCCUCACACACACCGCGGGGUGUGAACAGGGAACACCGGGUGGGAUGGACCCGCCGGCGGAGGAGGCUGUGCUGGAGAACUGGACCGGGCAUGGGCCGGAGCCGAGCCCGGGAGCAGCGCGCCCUACCUGGGCAGUGACGGCGCUGGCCAGCGUGCUGAUCUUCACCACGGUGGUGGACGUGCUGGGAAACCUGCUGGUCAUCAUGUCCGUGCUCAAGAACAAGAAACUACGGAACGCAGGGAACGUCUUUGUGGUGAGCUUGGCCUUCGCUGACCUGGUGGUCGCAUUCUAUCCCUACCCUUUGGUGUUGUACGCCAUCUUCCACGACGGCUGGUCCCUGGGCGACACACAGUGCAAAGUGAGCGGCUUCCUGAUGGGCCUCAGUGUCAUCGGUUCCAUCUUCAACAUCACAGGCAUCGCCAUCAACCGCUACUGCUACAUCUGCCACAGCUUCAGCUACGACAAGCUGUACAGCUACAGGAACACGCUGCUGCUGGUGGCGCUCAUCUGGCUGCUCACCGUCGUCGCCAUCGUGCCAAACUUCUUUGUGGGCUCGCUGCAGUAUGACCCCCGCGUCUACUCCUGCACCUUUGCCCAGACCGUCAGCACCUCCUAUACCAUCACCGUGGUCGUCGUUCACUUUUUCGUGCCCAUCGCCGUGGUAACCUUCUGCUACCUUCGGAUCUGGAUCUUGGUCAUCCAGGUGCGGCGUCGGGUGAAGUCCGAGGUCCGCCCCCGCCUCAAGCCCAGCGACCUGAGGAACUUCAUCACCAUGUUCGUGGUGUUCGUGCUCUUCGCGAUAUGCUGGGCGCCCUUGAACUUCAUCGGGCUCGCCGUGGCGAUCAACCCGGACGCCGUGGCCCCGCUUAUCCCCGAGUGGCUGUUUGUGGUCAGCUACUUCAUGGCGUACUUCAACAGUUGCCUUAACGCCAUCAUCUACGGCCUGCUCAACCAGAACUUCCGCAGGGAGUACAAGCGGAUCGUCAUGUCCGUGUGGAUGCCUCACCUGUUCUUCCAGGAGACGUCGAGGGGGGGCACCGAGGCCAUGAAGAGCAAACCCUCCCGAGGACUGAACAACAACGAGCAGCUGAAGGGAGAGUCUCUUUGACUCUCUGUGUGUUUAUCCUCCUUCUUCAUCUUCCUCCUCUGACUGCUCACCUGAGGGGCAGAAGUCAUGAACGGUCUGCAGAGCGAGUGAAGAGAGGAAGAUAAAUACACUUUGUGUUCUUUAUUGAGUGCCAUUCAUUUAACUGAAGGCUCCUCAGUUCUACAUUAUAAUCUGACUGUUUUAUAAAGAGUAUCUUAAAUGUGUUUUUUUCUCUUUCUAUGCCUCAAACUUUUCUCAGCUCGGUUUGCGCAGGUUGAACGUUAGAUUAAUUUUCCCCUGACAGAGUGAAGAGAAAAAUGCCAACAGAACAAAAUAAGCAAUAGUCGGCUUCAGGGGAUGAAAGUCUGUGAAAAAAGAUUCCAUGGAGCUGAAACACCUGAAGAUGUGUUUGUCUGUUACUGAAGUUCACAGCAGCAGAUGUAGACUCUGUUUGUGAAAUGAGUCCUGACACUUCCUACACUGAAUACUCCCAAAACUGUGAGAAUCCUAUACCAUCAGAUUGUUAUUAAAUGUACUGAGCACGUUCACCUACUACUCUGAUAUUUAACAUGAGUUUCUGCAGCUCACAGUUUACAUUCAGUGCCAACAGUGAGAUCAAACACAUGAAGCUGGAGUGACGCUGUGCAAGGUGAUAUACAGACGGAAAAUUAGAUGCAAGUUUUGAUAAAGAAACGUAAAAAAAAAAUCAGUUUGGAUUAAUUCAUGCUUUCAUUGAAUGUGAUCUGAUGUGAUGCAGAAUGAUCUGAUAUAAACAUCCUGCUUGAAAUCAGGUCACACUCUUUGAUCUUUUCUCUUAUGUUGUUUUUAAAACUUUUUAUUUAAGUUGCACUUCUGUUCAGACUCCAAGGAUAGUAAAUGUUCUCUAUUUCCCCAUUUCAACCAAAGAGUUCAGGAACCAAGGAACCAGAGAAGAAAUCAGGAACUAAUGUCCCGUUCAUUCUUUUCUAUUUGCUUUUGUAUCACAUCUGAAACACUUCAACAGAACCAGAAUCAAUGAGAUGAAUGUAAUCCUGUUUGCCUGGAAGUCAGACACUUGACAGUCCAUUCCAUGGAUUGGAUUUCUGUACAUGUCCCAGUAUUCGAUGACCCAGGGAGAAUCCAUUUAUUGACAGAAGUCUGUCUGACUCCUCUACUAUAGGUGGUGAUAUGCCCCCAUUAGACCUUCUUCAUGUUGACCCAUCACGUCACAAACCAAACAAUCGACAAACAAGCUAGCAAGCAGCAAACUGUUCAUUUCAUGCGUUCUCAACUCCAUGUUGAUACCUUCAUCCUGUUUUCUUCUAUGCAUCUAUGCGGUUGGAUUUCAAGGUCAAAGCCCGGUACAGGAACUGUGGAGCAUGCUCAACAAGCAUAUAGGCUAAUUUUAUUGAGGUGUUUACACUCAAGAGUAAAUCGACCCCUAAACACAUUAUCUUCAAGAAUUUUGAUUAUUUCUGUCAGACUACUAUGUUAACACAUAUUUGAAAAGUCCAGUGUAGUUGCACCAACUACUAACUACUAAAUCGUUUUUUUUUUUAUGUUAAUUAAAUCUGGCAAUGUCUUGUCAAUUGACACAACUUUUUGAACAUUAAAGUUUUUAGUCCUCGUGCAAACACUGACACCGCGUGGUUCCAGUGCUCCCUUGAUGAAGCAACGAUGCUAACUGCCCCUAAAAGUUCUUGAGUCUACCUGGUGCCUCCAGAGGAAGGCUCAUAAUGAGACCAGGAAAACAAGACUGAGAAUCGAUCUCCUCUGGUCAAACUGCAGAAGAAGUUUGUGAUUUCUUAUGAAGGUUCUUUGGUUCCUUGAAAGGUCCCUAUGUGGAGCCAGGAGACAUGUUCAAGACAUGAAGAUCUCAGCCUUUAGGGACCUGCUUUACACUCUCAUUUUGAAGCUUUGAUUUCUGUUCUCUGAUCUUAACCUGCUUUAAUACUGAGGAAGGGAUAUCCCGAACUGUGAGUAUAGGUUUCCCAUUAGGAAAUAUUCUCUCUGAUCGGUAGAGAAUACGUUUACUCAUCAGUUUCCCUGUGAAGACGAAUUCAUUUUAGUUGCUUUUCUGAGAUCCCAAUGUAUUUUUACCGUUAUCACGGGAUAACAAUGCUAGUUUAUGUGAUAACAAGUUCAUUUCUAGAGAUCUCAAGAAAACAGUGAAAACUUAAUUUGAUAUCAGGGGAGAGUGAAAAAAAAAACAAGGUGUAUGUCCGCUUAGGGCUUCCAUAGAAUACAGUUCAAUCAAACACCAAAUCUGCACCAAAGCAGUGAUCACUGAAGGAAACUCAAAAAUGCAUAAAAUUUUUUUUUUUAAAUAUAUACAUAAGACUGUUUUUAAUAACUGUAAUGCACUUACAUUUUGUACACUGCAGCUGUAUGAACGAGGACUCAGAUCGGUGAACAUGGUCGAGACAUCCCUGCUCCAAUAAUUUCUGAUAACUUCUAAAAACCAAACUGAGCCCUGUACUCAAACCUGUGAUGAUGUUUGUUCACCUCAGGGUGUCUCCUGUUUGGCGAGAUGUCUUACAAAGUGUUGGGCACGGACAGAUGAAUGACUACAGUAUAAUGUGAUGGAGUCCUGCUGGGUUUGUGUAUUAGUAAUGAACACUGUGCACCAAAUGUUUUUAAAGCUUCACUUUAGAACAGUUUUUUGUCUUUUUUAUGAUGAUUGUGAAUUAAUGCACUGCAGCAUGAUGAACCUUCACUUUGUUAUCUGUCGAUGCCUCAAAUGUCUAAUGGACGUCUCCAUUAGUGCCUGAUUUAUGUUCAUUUCAAGAGAUUCUACCAAAAAACAAAAGAAAAACAGGCUGAAAGAAGGCUGUGGUGGGUUAACGGUUUGUUAUUAAUAAGUUCCACUCUGAAGGUGACUCAUCAGCUGAUGAUGCAGCUUCAUGGUGUGUUCACUUUCUGCAGGAGGAAUAUUUUAUAUAAGUGCUUCAGAUUCAAUUUGAACACACCUUCAGUUCUAGUAAACUUUGUAUCUAUGAGAUAUUUCAGUUCUUAGGCCAAACAUGAAGUCAUCAAACACUCUUGAUGGCAUCUAAAAGCACAAUUGUCUCUGCAGCCGGCUGACAGUGUACUUAUGCAGUUUACAGGUAACUAUCUUAGUAAAGUUUGAAUCUUAGUAAUGAUGAGAAUCUCUCUAUGCAUUUCAUCCCAAUCACGUCAACACGACAGCUAAAAGCUUCCUGAACACCUGUGAAUAAAACUCUUUUUAUCCAGUUUAUCUUAGUAAAAGCAACGGGUGCAGCUCGCUCUGCAGAGCUGACACGCUGCUGCAGAGCUGACACGCUGCUGCAGAAUGUGCAUGACAUUUAUGAUCCAGUAUUAAAAUGAUGCUUUGAUUUGGGAGGAAUGUUCUGAUAAUGAAGACUGAGAAACUGCUGCUGGUAAAAAUGAUGAAGAUGCUGAUGAUGAUUGUGCAUAUUUAAAUAUAGAUGCUGUGAAAGAUAAACAAAAAAGAUGUAGCCUAUUGAAGGAGCACUAAGUGAUGUUUUAAAGAGAUUCUUCACUUUCUUUUACAGAAACAUCUUUAUAACUAACACUUCAACAACAAACCAACUUCAUAAUACCAGAAUUUUAAUGUUCAAUAUGAUUCUAGUAAACAUCAAAUGAUAUUGAUACCUGUUUGAAAGAAAGUAGCAACGGAAAUAGAAGUCCUAGGAACCCACUAUUGGGUAAUUCUUUGAUUUUAAUUAUCAAAAAUUGCAGCAAAUUUUUGGUUAGCAGGUGCAGCUAAAACUAGCAUUAGAUUAGCAAUGACUAUGUAUCAUUGUAGAAAACAAGUGGCAACCUUAGGUGUUGAAAAAUAAAGCCAAUGCCAAAGUGCAAGAUCCUGCAGUUUGUCGACUUCACCAACCGAGGUGCAUGGAGAGUGAAAACUAGACGAGGUCAAAAAGCUCCAGCAAAACUUGUAGUAUGAAGAUCAACUUUAUUAACAAGUUGGAUCUAAACCUAACACCUAAAGGGUUGCUUGAGCUUUUUGACACCUCCAAGAGCCCCAGAAGACACAUAUACACAUCACAUUCAAAAAUGCCAAUUUUUUUUACAGCAGAAAUGAACAUGUUUAAAUCCUCUGUUUUGACUUUAAGUCAUUCAUUUAAAACAGCUGACGUGGUUUUAAAGUGUCUGAGACAACGUUUUCUCUGCAGGCUGUUCAAUGAGUCCACACCCUUUAAACAUAAACACAGAGUUCAGGGUUAGACUCAAAUAUUAGAGGUCAGGGUUGAAAAUCAGACAUUUGAGAGAAAUGAAAUAAUAGAGUCCAAGUUUUAAAUGAAGCUUCAUGAAAACAGCUGAUUGUUUACCCAUUUUUAAAUCGUUAUUUUUAGUCUAAACUGAGUCAGACUGACUCGGUGUCUGAAGGUAUUUAUAUCUGAUUCAAGCUGCUCGCUUAAACUUUGGAACAUUUUGUAGCAAAGAUCUCGGGGGGGCGCUUUGAGGUUGUCAAAAUUAGAUUUGCACUUAUUUACAAAAUUCAUGACACAUCCUGGAUAUAUAAAGGUCUUAUGGUAAGAAAAGUAUGUGCUUACUGUGUUGGAUCUUUAUCAAUGAAAACAAUGAAUUAUGUACUUUUUUUGAGAGCAAUAUAUCACCGUUUUUCGUGCCAGGGGUGUUUAGCUUCAACGAUGUCAUACUUUAUAAUUGAUUAAAUUUACUGAUCUCUUAGUGCUCCUUUAAUCAGGAAAAAAAAACCUGUAUAUUUUAUUUUAUCAUGUGACUGGUGGAUCUUUUCACACUGUAAAAAAAGU